AAAGUAUUUUAGGGUGGGCUUAACACAAAAGUAGAGGGAAGUUAUUAGAGAGAGAGACAGACAGAUGGUCACAUUAAAUUGCUCUAGAGUUGUUCCCAAAAUCACCUCUUUAUCAAGACCCAAAUUCCCAAACACGCAACCCCUUGUUUCUCCAGUCUCCAGAAGGGCCUCUCGAGCAGUAAUAGUAGCGGCAGUAGCAGUAUCUGCAUUUUCCUCGAUGUCUUACGACAAAGAGCUCGCCGCUGCCAAGAAAGCUGCCUCUCUCGCUGGUCGACUCUGCCAGAAGGUACAAAAGGCACUUUUGCAAUCAGAUGUCCAAGCAAAAUCAGAUAAAAGUCCUGUCACAGUGGCCGAUUACGGUUCACAAGCUCUGGUUAGUUUUGUGCUGGAGAGGGAACUUCCAUCUGAUUCAUUCUCCUUAGUAGCUGAGGAGGAUUCGGGAGAUCUUCGCAAGGAAAGUGGCCAGGAAACUCUACAGCGCAUUACAAAACUUGUGAACGAUACUAUUGUCAAUGAUGGAUCAUUUAGUGUUCCUACAUUAACCACGGAAGACGUGCUCAUGGCCAUUGACAGUGGCAAAUCUGAUGGUGGUUCUCAUGGUCGGCACUGGGUUUUGGAUCCAAUUGAUGGUACUAAAGGCUUAUACUUUGUGAGAUGGCAUAAUAGAUUUGUAAGGGGAGACCAAUAUGCAAUUGCGCUGGCGUUGCUAGAUGAAGGGAAAGUAGUAUUGGGCGUUCUGGCUUGUCCAAAUCUUCCUUUAGCAUCCAUUGGUGGUAAUAGACUGCACUCCUCACAUGAUGAAGUUGGUUGCCUUUUCUUUGCCAAAGUUGGUGCAGGAACAUAUAUGCAGUCACUGGAUGGUUCUUCACCAAUAAAGGUGAAUGUCAGUACUACUGACAAUUCAGAGGAAGCUUCGUUCUUUGAAUCCUUUGAAGCAGCACACUCCUCACAUGACUUGUCUAGCUUCAUUGCAAAAAAACUGGGUGUCAAAGCACCACCAGUUAGAAUUGAUAGCCAGGCUAAAUAUGGGGCACUGUCCAGAGGAGAUGGAGCCAUAUAUCUGCGAUUUCCUCGUAAAGGAUACCGUGAGAAAAUCUGGGAUCAUGCUGCUGGGUGCAUUGUUGUGACUGGCUAGCUAUAGGAAAAAUGUUGGAUUGGAGGAUUAAGCAUAGUUAAUGGAUGGAAGAUCAAAUUGCCAAAUAUGCUUAUAUGAUGGUAAAUCCCAUUAGUUUCAUCACGUGUCUAGGUUCUAGAAAGAAACAUACUUUUAUACUGAUCCAAAAAAAGAAGAAAGAAACAUAGUUAUGUGUUGGGGUAGCUUGCAAAACUGAAGUGCAUGGAUGAACUUUCUAAUUACUUACGUUUUGAGGAAAUUUUCCAAAAAAAAAAAAAACUCUUUUUCUUUUCUGACAAGAAUGCAUUAGGCAUUAUUGGAUUCCCUGAAUACGAUGAGUGUCUCCUUGAUAGUUGUGGUGAUGCUAGUUGAUUAAAUUUCGCAUUUAGUACCUGUUUUUCAGAUUUAU